UUGACAGCUUUCUAAAAAGGACUUGAGCGGCACAGGCGCUUGUCUUUGACGCCAUUUUGAUUUCACAAAAAUUUUGUGUGUGCCAAGAGGAGAAGCCAACUUUCGUUUGCAAAGUAGUUUUGCAAAAAUACUAAAUUAGUUCUUGACAGCUAAUUCAAUAAAAAAUAAUGGCACGUUAUCGUGAAUGGGAUUUAUCUUGCAAGGUUUAUGUCGGAAAUCUGGGAAGUAAUGCCAGUAAGCACGAAAUUGAAAGUGCAUUCAGUAAAUACGGUCCAUUGAGAAAUGUCUGGGUUGCAAGAAAUCCACCCGGAUUCGCUUUCGUCGAAUUCGAUGAUCCCAGAGAUGCUGAGGACGCAGUUAGAGGACUAGACGGAACCCGCUGUUUCGGAACAAGAGUACGAGUGGAAAUGUCUUCAGGCAGAAGUCGUCGUGGUGGCGGUGGACGUAGACCUGGUCCUCGAUAUUCUUCAAGGUCCAGAUCUCGGAGUCCAGGAAGAAAAGGUGGCCGGUUCCAGAGAUCCUAUUCAAAGAGUCCAAGGAGAUCAUCGAAUAGUCGCUACUCGAGGUCUCGCUCACGGUCGCCACGUAGGAGAUCUCUGACUAGAAGCCGAAGCCGAGAUCGUCGCUCCCGAUCAGACUCCCGUGACAGACGUUAAGGUGAUAAGAAACGGAAAUAUGACAAGAGGACAGACGUGAAGAACAGCGAAAAAUGUUUUUAUUGUAUAUAAAAAAAAAGAUGAAAAGAUCUUUAAACUUGAACAAGCGAAACAGUUGAUUAUAAUAAUUAGUGAAAAAUGGUACACAAUUACAGAAAAAAAAAUACACUUGCAUAGAAUUAAGAAAAUGUCUUAUACGUUUAAGUGAUAAUAGCAUAAUGAUAUUCCAUUUUUCACUUGAAAUUGUUUCUGGAAACUAUCCAUUUGGACGAUAAAAGAAAUGAUUAUUUGUGAAACUCAUCGUUUUAAAAAUCUAUAAUCAAAGUUUCGAUAAUUGUGGUGUUUUUUCUUAAGAAAAAAUAUAUUUCUUAAUCGUAUUAUAAAGUUUA